AUGUCACCGGGCAGUCAACUGCUUCAACAAUCCGACCACUACACUGAUGAUACCUUCGACCUAGCAUCCUUUCUCGGGACGAACUCGACGCUCACCGCAGGCAAUACCAGCGGGAACACGCGAUUGCUUCCUGAGGCAUGCCGCCCGCAAGCCUCACCUGCGAUUGGCGGUACGGUAGCCGACCUCGCGGUCCAGUUCGGCUCCCUGAGCGCUAUGGUCAUGGAUUUGCGGAUCCAGCUGGCGGCGGCAACGGCUCCAGCAUCAACAUCGGUAGUCCAGCCGGUGCGCCCUGUAACUCAACCUCUCAUUGCUGCCGCCACGACACCGGCGCCAUGGACGCUUGCGGCCGACGGCAACUACCCCCUGCCCCCCGCCCACUUGCGGGAGCUUCGAAUAUCGAGUUUUCCGUCGACGGUGCACCGGAACUGA